UCAACGGACUCCUACACGGUAGCAUGGAUCUGUGCGUUAGAAGAAGAGUAUGUAUGUGCCUGCCAUAUGCUUGACGAAGAAUUCACUGGACCGGAAAUAAGCGAGGACAACGAUGAUAACACAUACGUCUUCGGUUGUAUUGCGAAGCAUUAUGUGGUGAUUGGGUGUCUUCCAGCUGGUCGGUAUGGCACCAAUUCAGCUAGUCGUGUUGCCCGAGAUAAGGUCCGAACCUUUCCACGUCUGCGGUUCGCAUUAAUGGUGGUCAUCGGAGGCGGCGCACCAAAUGGAUUCGGCGGGGUGAUUCAAUAUGAUUUAGGCAAGUUGAAAGGUGGCCGGUUUCAGAAGACAGGUCAACUAAAUGCGCCGCCUGAGAAGCUUCUAGGAGUCAUUCCUGAGAUGCGCAGAUUGUACAGCGAUAGAAAGAAGCCAGACAGACUGGCGGAACAUCUUCGGCUUCUUGACGAUAUGGAAGAUUACCAAAAGCCAGCCGUUGACCGGCUUUAUGCUUCAGACUAUUCACAUGUGGAUGGACAAAAUUGUGACAAAUGUGGCUUGCACUCGGUAGUGCACCACCCAGAGCGCCAGAACCACCAUACGCUCUAUGUUCACUACGGAAAUAUUGCGUCAGGGAACUCUGUACUCAAGGACGCCAAUGUGCGGGAU